UCCCACUAUUGCCGUGUGUAGCUUGCUGAUAGCAAGCUGUAUACCGGCUGUCAUGAAUUAAAAAGUACAUUGCAGGUAUAGCAAAUGCUUGAGUGUGUCCGGAGGACAGGAUGCAAAAUGAAAGAAGGUGUGACUACUUUGUCACGUGAGGCUAUAGCGGUGUCUGGUAGGCUGGAGAGAUGCUGGUCCGAGUUUCAGGCCGAGGCUCGCCUUAAUGCCAGGAGACAAGCAAGGGCUGAGGCUAGAGAAAUCCGUAUGCGGGAAAUUGAAAAACAGCAAAAAGAGGCUGAAGAUCAUACAGAUAGUCAUUAUGAUGAUCAUUUGAACACUGAGCCUUCACGACCACCACGUGGUAUCAGGCAUGAUGGAAGAGAAAGAGAGAGAGCUCAAUCAUAUACUUCUGCUGGUUCUUGCGGUAGUUCCCGCAGGAGUAGUGAAGAAUUCCCUGAGACUAUUGGAAGUAAAGAAUAUAAGCUCUUGACAAAUCAAGUAAUGGAAUUAGAAGAAAAAUUCCGUAAGGCAAUGAUUACCACUGCUCAAUUAGAUAAUGAGAAAACUACUUUAUCAUAUCAAGUUGAUACACUCAAAGAUGAACUCCAAGAGUUAGAAGAGCUGUAUUUAUUAAUUCAGAAAGAUUACAAAAAUGUUUCUCGAUCCCAUGACUUGCUAAACAGGGAUUUCAAGGAUCUCACAAGUCAAAAUGACCUUCUAAAAGAAUGUAUUAGACUCAGGGAUGAGCUUAUAGCUGAACAUGGUUUAGUUUUAGUUGGUGGGGAGGAGGAAGAAGUGAGAGAUGAUGAUGAUGAUGAAUAUGAAGGUGAUAGUAAAAAGAAAACUGAAUCUGAAAGGAAAAAAAAAAUUGCCAAAAUGGCAUUGGUUUCUCAAGAAGGAGCAGACAUACUAAAACAAGCUGGAUCAGGAUCAUUAGAUGUGAGGUUGAAAAAACUUGCAGAGGAAAAACAAGAAUUAUUAGAUGAGAUUUAUCGUCUGAGGUUAGACCUUGAAGAAGAAAGACAAAAAGCAUACAAAUUAGAUAAAUUAUCUUCGAUGAGAUCUGGGGCAAAUGGCCCUGAAAUGAAACUCAUGGAAGUGCAAAGGGAAGCUAAUAAACAAUUAAGUGAUUAUAAAUUUAGACUAAAAAAGGCUGAACAAGAAAUAACAACAUUGCAGAGCAGUGUUUCUAGGCUUGAAGGACAGUUAAAUAGGUAUAAAACUCAAGCUGAAAACUCAGAAACAAUUGAAGAUGAAUUAAAAGCCGAAAAAAGGAAACUUCAGCGAGAACUUCGAGAAGCACAAGCAAGAGUAGAAGAAUUAGAAACUGCUAAUGAACAUCUACAAAAACGAAUUGAUAAACUUAAAACUGUAAAAAAUGUGCUUAUAAAAACAUGAGUGAUGUAGUAAAGCAUUGUGUUUAAAAACAAAUAGUGCCAAUCAAAAAUGUUAUUUCAUCGUGUUUCAUGAAGAAGGAACAGACUGAGGUGUUUAAAUAAUACUUAAAUAAUUUAGUUAAAAGACUGCUUUCACAGUUUCAAGCAUGUGUGAUAAACCUCAUAUUCAAUGAUUA